GUUUCAAUGAGAGCAGACACAGUCAGCUCAGCUCCUGUAAUAACAGUGUUUCAGAUAACUUUGAUGAAAGAGACUACAUGAUAACAUUUCUGAUCCUUGAGUUAGCGGAACAGCUGGCUAACAGCGGGCUGUGAGGGGCUUACAUAAUCCUGAAUUCACAGGAAACAAUGACCAGCGCACAGAGGUAAUGUAGAGCAUACUGUUCACUAUUUGCUUUCGCACAUGCUACACAAAUACAGGAGGGCCAGGUUAGCGGUAUUUAUUAGCGUUUGGUUAGCACAUCCGGGAACUUCGACAAGGUUGUUGACGUCAGGGCAGGUCAUGAAUAUUUAACGGUCACUAAACGGUAAGACUUUUAUCUAACUGUCGUGUUACUCUGAGCGGACAUUUUCAUAAACUUUAUACUUGGGUAAACCGUGAUUUCAGAUCUUUGUUUUAAGUUAAAUCGACUCUAGAGUUAUGUACCUGACACCUGCAUACGAUAUCUGCAUCCAUAGCCAGCAAGUCCACAACUUUUCCUUUGCCCUCGUCGCCCCACUGCGCUCCGAGCACGACGGUCACUUUGUUCUGAGGCUCUUUGGGGACACGGAGAGGGGACUCCAGCGAGGCGCUCUCCCGGGGCCGCUUCACGACAGGCUCCCCGUUCAAGGAGACUGUCUCCCGUCCGUUCACGUUAGCCAUGGUGCUGCCCUCCGAUGCCAUGCUGCUGCUGUCCUCCUUCUGCAAACCGGAAUAUCGUUUUACCGCGUUUCUCUGCGUCACGGGAAGUGCAAGUAAAAUAUUCAACACAAGAUGGCGGCGUUUCAGAUGAAAACCUCUGCAGUUCUCUAGGUGCAGAGACAAAACUAGGGUAUCUGAGGGAAUUUAAUGGAUAACUCUGAUAAAAUACUUUGAAAACAAGACAAAAAAAGUUUUGAGAAAACACAUGAAAAGAUGUUGAAAGGUUACAAAAAACAUGUGUUGAUAUUCUCGCCCAAAACUUUAUCAAUGUCACAAUUACAGUAUUAUUUAUGACGAUUUAGAAAGAUUUUUCAAGUUAAUAAAAGCAUUUAAUGACUUCACUCUAUGUGUGAAUUAGUAUAAAGUACCAUCACAUGAAAAUAGGCUUCUUUUUACUCAAGUGAAAAGGUAUUUUGGCUCAGAGCUGAUGUGGUAUUUUUAUUUUUUAAAGUUAAAAAUUCGAUAUCUUUAUGGCCUUUUUGAUGCCAACUCAUUUGUUGUUUUUCAGAAUAAAACAGCAAAUGUUAAUUUCAUUUAAGCAUUUUUCGUGAAGCAGCCGUACAGAUAGAUUUUGUCAUGUUUAAUUUAAUGUCAAAAGGAUUUUCUAUAAUUUUACUGCUCUGGUUACUGCCAUGUUUGAAGAAUAAGAUUGAAACUGAAAACGAGUGUUUGAUAUUCUGUUUUGAUACCUGAAGUACAGUAUGUCUUCUUAUGUUAAGAAUAAAUCUUCCUUUUAAGAUGACAACAGCAGCUAAACGUGUGUCUCUUCUAUUCUUGCCACAGCAUUUCACCACGUUGAGACACCAGAAGAAACACUAUUCAGUUGUCCACCUAGCUACCAAGGCAGCCUGGGCAACAUCUGCAUUGGUUAAUUUUGAUUUUUUUAUGAAUUUGCAGCGAAUCAUCUGCAUGCCAGUCGACCUCCUGCAGCAGCCAGCAUGCAACAAAUUAUGCCCAAACCAUCACACCUUUGGGAGACCACCAAGUUUAUCCUGUUCUGCAGAAUACUGACAGUCAAGGGAGGAAGAGGAAGAGAGCCAGAUCAGGAAUUGGCUGUCAACAAACUGAUCCAGAAAGUCCUCAAACUGACCACAACACAACUCUUCAUCCGAGCUCGAGUCAGGCUGAAGACCAGGGCCAAUCAGGACUCAAAAGAAAGACAGCUCAAGAUUGGCCUGGCUGGGCCAUCCAGUUGCGGUUCAUCCACUUCCCAUUCCUUCCCACAACAGUCUGGACUUCGGCCAAUUGGGAGCGUGUAUUAGAAAUCAGAAAAUAACCGGGGCAAUCAGUGACUGUGUUUCCACUGUUCCCUGGACAACAGGGAAAGGCAGCCACCGAUUGGGCCAUGUGUAGAUGGUGCCGUCUCACACAUGCAGCGGGACUUUUCAAAGCGCUGUUCAUUCAGAACAUAAUUCUGCAGUUGACCUUGCAAAGUUGUCAGAAAUCGUUUAUAUCCGACGUCUUCUGUGGAUUAAACGAUUUCUGCCGACUUUGCAAAGUCAACUGCAGAAUUACGGCGUUCUGAAUGAACGUCAGAGAUCAGAGAAAAGGAAAAGGAGUUUGUGGAUGGUUCAGGUGAGUUGCUAUAGUCAACACACAAUGUGCAAUGCAUUUUCUAGUUUGAAACAAGAACAUACUGUCAACCACUACAACACAUGAGUGUAUCUAACACGUCAUUGUUGACUUCCAGAUCCAGAAGAGCGGACCGAACCUGAGCAGUACCACCACAUUGGAGUUUAUGACUGUGAAAGUCAUUACAGCUGAACAGCAACCUCCAUCUGGCUACCUUUAGUAGUCUCAGUCCAGGCUGCAACAGUGGGAAUGCUGGGGGUUCUUCACAGCCUUCUCCCCCCAGCAAACCUCAACCCUCCCAGCAGAACCCUCCUGCUUCACCUGCUGGUAGCAGCAGCCUUGACAAGUCACGGUCCACCAUCAACCCUCAUCCUCACACUACUUCCCCAUCAACAAGUGGCGGCAGGACAAGAAGAAAAAGAAAGCUUGAUGACGUUGAUGAAAGCACCCACAAAACCUGCAAUUGUCCUAAAAAAGUGAAGUCUGGGCACAGGUAGGAUAUUCUACAUCAGACAAAACAAAUCUGAAAACUUUAAAGGGUUGAUGGAAACUUUUUUGGUCUUUCUGCGUCAUAAUGAUUUAACUUUUUUGAUAAAAUUACAGCGAAAAAAACAUCAUGCCAGUUGACCUCCUGCAGCACCCAGCAUGCAAAAAAUUAUGCCCAGACGAUCACACCCUUUGGAGACCACCAUGUUCAUCCUGUUCAGCAGAACACCAACAAUCAAGAGAGGAAGAGGAAGAGAGCUAGAUCAGGAAAUAGCUCUCAACAAACUGAUCUAAAAAGCCCCCCAACUGAGCACAACCUGACUCUUCAUCCAAGCUUGAGUCAGGCUGAAGACCUGGGCCAAUGAGGACUCAAAAGAAAGGCGGCUCAAGAUGAAGAUGAGCUCAGAGAUCAGAAAAAAGGAACUUCUGGUGAGUUGAUAUAGUCAACAAACAAUGUGCAAUGCAUUUUCUACUUUGAAACGAGAGCAUGCUGUCAACUACUACAACACAUGAGUGUGUCUAACAAGUCAAUGUUGACUUCCAGAACCACAGGAGGGUACUGAACCUGAGCAGUACCACCAAAGUGGAGUUUGUGACUGUGAAAGUCAUUACAGCUGAACAGCAACCUCCAUCUGGCUACCUUAAGAAUCAACAAUCCAGGCUCCAACAGUGAGAAUGCUGGGGGGUCUUCACAGCUCUCUCCCCCCAUGGUCCACCAUCAACCCUCAUCCUCACACUCCUUUCUCAAGUGGAGGCAAGACAAGGAAAAAAAGAAAGCUUGAUGACGUUGAUGAAAGAACCCACAAAACCUGCAAUUGUCCUAAAAAAGAGAAGUCUGGGCACAGGUAGGAUAAUCUACAUCAGUUACUUUGUUAUCAACCAGUUUAAAUGAAUCUGAAAACUUAAGAGGUUGAUGGAACAUUUUUAGGUCUUUCUGCGUCAUAAUGAUUUAACUUUUUUGAUAGAAUUACAUCGAAAAAAACAGCAUGCCAGUUGACCUCCUGCAGCACCCAGCAAGCAACAAAUUAUGCCCAGACAACCACAGUCAUGUGGAAUGUUUUGCCUAAGAAUUAUGACAACCUGUAGGACAUGUGAUGUUUGCCAGGUAAUAACAGCUUGGAGUCCUGAAGGAGUAUUGAGUAUGUUGUGACUCUAUAUGUCUUUUCUAAAUGGUGUUACAAAUAUUGAGAUAAAAUAUUUGUAAAACUUAUUCAAAAAAGGAAAUCGAUGGAAACACAAAGCAUGUUGUGUUUGUUUCUGGGCAGGUUGUCCUAUUUCAGGUCUUACUGAUUUAAGGACAAUACUGUUGGUUGCACAAGAAACAUAUACCACACUGAAAGACAAAACUAUGAUAAUAUAAUUUAUUACUGAUGGGUAACCCAAGUUAACAGGCACAUCCUCAGUCAUGUUCUUGCUAUACAAACAAAUAUUUUGUAAACCUAAGGUUGAGAAAAUUAUUGUGCUUCCUUACCAUUUUUGUUAGUUAUUAUUUUAUUUCUUCAACUCAAUUUGAUCCCAAACUAAUUUCAAGAUUUUGCAUUUAACCAGUCUUUGACAUAAACAUUGCAGAAAAAGUAAGGAAAUGUGUGUUAGGUUGUAACAACGUGACUUACAGUAUCUGUUUGUUGUAACAGUGCUUCUUGGCAAUAAAUCUUUUACCAUUGGAAAGCCUUUUUAUUUCCCUUUUAAUUGGUGCUUCAUUUGUAGAGAAGAUGAGUUUGUAGGAUGAGAGGAAGAGCUGAGUAUGUGAGUUCCACCUAUGGAGUAUUUGCCAAAGAUUCACUGCCAUACAAGUUUGUAUACAUUCCCAUUGAGGAAACUCUCAUAUAUCCUUUUAAUCGUGAAGAGGGCAUCCUUUGCCUCCUCUGUAUCCAGUGGCUAUGGACAGAAGCACUGAGCUUGAAACCUGCUGUUACCUCUUCUGGCAAGGAGAAGGAUUGGAUGUUGCUCUAAAACAGUGGUUUUAGAGCAUGUUUUGGAUGUUUCCCUGCUCCAACACACCUGAUUCAAAUGAUCAGCUCGUUAUCAAGCCAUUUCAGAGCUUGAUAACGAGCUGAAGCUGAAACAGCAUAAACAUCAAAUAAGGAGUGAUGACCGGUUUUAUAAUUUAAAGAUCAGGUUACUGAGAAAGAAAAGGUGUUUUAUGCUUUAAAACUAGACAGACAUGCAAUGCAAUGGACCAAAGUACAGAACCAAAAUCAAAACGUUUUCAAAGCACCUCAAAUCCUCCAAAAAAAUAAAAUGAUUUGGCAAAGAGGAACAAGAAUGAAUGCUAAAAAAGUCAAUGACAUGAAUAGAAAAACAACAAUUGCAGUUUCAAUAGUAAACUUUGGGCACUCAUUUUUUACAUAUUUAAUUAUUAAUUCAUUUAUUUUGCACAUUUAAAAAAGUUUAUAAUGUGCUCUCAUCUUGCUUUUAUUUUUUCAACAAUGACAGGUUAAAAAACCUACCAGCUGAUUUGUUGAAUCAUACAUUUUAUUGAUGCUGCUUUUUUUUUCUCUCCUCUCCUUCCAAGUUUACAAGAAAAGCAGCCAUACUGUGAAAGAAAAGUCACCAUAAUGACAUUUCUUCAUUGGUGUUGUAGUAAUGUGUUUUGACUAACCAAGUUACCACCAGGUAAAUACACAAUAAUUAGGGGACUGUAAAACAAAAAGGGUUUCCCGCUAUUUCAAUGUGUACAGGGCAAAAUGGACAGAGAGAGAAUACAUGCUGUAAUGUUUAUAGGGUUGAGAAAAUCAGAGUUAAAGGUUCCUCACAGGAGCUUUAAUGGCUGAAUUUGAGGCCUUUAAGUGGGAGAGAUGUUUGUUAGAUGGACACCUAACUUGACUAUUAACUGUUUCUUUCACUGCCGUAAGCAGAAGUUCACAUACAAUGAGUUUAGAGGUUUAAAAAUGAAAUGGUAUUAUCCUUCAUUGUUUUUGUCAGUAGUAAAGAGUGUAAAAUGGAAAAAGCAGGAGUAAGAAGUGCUUCAGAUACAGAAAAAUAUGAGAUAUAUUUAAAAAAAAACAAAAACAAAAACAAUUUCAAAAGAAAACAUUAGUUACUUAGCAUCUUGUGCCAUCAAAUUGAGUGUGAUUUUUCACAUUGAAAAAGAGAAUGUGACAUUCUGUAUGUUUUUAAACCCUCUGACCUGAGCAGAUCAGUAACCACAGAGAGCAAAGAGAGAAGGAGCAAGUUUGGUUUACUGAGAAGAUUUUGAGAGAGAGAGUUUGGUUUAUCGAGAAGAUACACAGAGAGAGUUUGUUUUAUCAAGAGCUUUUGAUUCAGAAUAAUCUACAGCAUCAAAUUAACUUAGUUUUUUGCUGAUUUAUCUGAAUAUUUUUGAAGACCAAGUCCAGAGUUUGAUUUUGAAGAUGUCUGGUUUCCAGUUAGCCACUGGUUCAAAGAUCUUUUCAAGAUCCACCACCUACACGGUGCAGUCCAUCCUCGGACAGGGCUCCUACGGCACAGUCGCAAAGUGCACCGACAUGAGCGACAACACGACUGUUGCCAUCAAGACAAUGAAGAACGAGGACACCUUUGACAACGCAGCAUGGAAAGAGGUGAGAAGAGCAAACUAGCCAUGCUUGCUAAAAACUUAGGCAGAUUGUUUUCUAUCCACAGUAUCUGAUCACUGCUCUUUAAUGUGUGUAAAUCCAAACUAAAACCUGUCUGUCAUGUGUCCUCAGGUGAAUUCCCUCUUAGACCUGUCAGUGCUCGACUCGGACAAGUCCAACAUUGUCAAAUUUCACAAAGCCUUCACUGACAGAGGUCAUUUUUGUAUGGUGUUCGAGCACUUGGACAAAAGCCUCGCUGAUUUUAUGGAGGAGAGCAACUUGGAACCUCUCCUUUUGAGCGAGAUCAGACCGAUCAUCCAGCAGGUAUGAGCAAAUGAAUUUAUUUCUGCUUUUAAACAAGAACAAAUACUGAUGUUGACGUAACAUCCUGAGCUUUGUUGUUCAAUUAAUGACCUUAAUGACUUCUUAGGUCGCCAAUACUCUGGAUCAUUUGAAGACCGUCGGUAUGAUCCACGCAGACCUUAAGCUUGACAACGUCAUGCUGGUGGAUCAUCAACAUCAGCGCUACAGAGUCAAAGUGAUUGACUUCGGUCUCGCAGAAGAUGUGUCAGCAGCAACAGUGGGCUCAAACAUCCAGACCCGUCCAUACAGGUAAGGAACCAGAACCACGUCUGAUAUCUCAGCUGUUUAUUGGGGGCUUGCACAUCAACACAUACUAGGUUUUUAAACAUGCCAAUUUUAAAAUAGCAAAAAUAAGAAUAUAUUUUGCAAAAGUUCAAACACUAAGGAUGUUGUGUAUACAAAAAUUAAUGUUAAAUUUUUAAAUUACGCAAUUUUAGUGUUUUUAGUGUUUUUAGUGUUUUAGUGUUUAGAGUUUUUUCAUAUAGAUAAUUUGCCCGUGGCCUUAAAAAAUGUCAUGUGGUGCGACCAUAAUUUAUCUCAAAAUUAUUACAUUUUUUCAACAUACUUAAUAGUUUUUUACAAAUUGUCAGUAAUAUCAAGUAGAUAGAAACAAAGUGUUUGCAUUUCAUUUGAGUUUUUGUAAAUAAUGAUCUCACAUUUUAGCUCUAUAAUGUCACGGUAGCUAUAUUAAAUGUAGUUAACUGACUCAUUUUUUCUUUAAAUUGCGUAAUACUGUUAAAAAUGUUUUAAAACUACCUUUCACUUAAGCAUAUUGUAUUUAAUACUAUUAAUGUUAUCACUGGUCACACCACAUGAUAUUUUGACACUCUCAAGUUCAGAUAAUUUUCAAAUAAGACCUGAUUUUUUAAAAGUUGAAGUGACAACAUAUUUGCGAGAGACACUACAUAUAGAAAGCCUGUUUUUGUGCAUUUAAACCUUUUUUAACUUAAAAAAAUACAGACGGACAGAAUAUUUAGACGUCACCUCAUUGACCCACUUAUGUUUUGUUGGAGGAUUUGCUGCAUUAUUUGUAGAAUUGAUGUGUGAUAUGUCUUUGUUUGUCCUCUCAUAGAUCUCCAGAGAUUCUUUUGGGGCUUCCCUACACAGAGGCCAUCGACAUGUGGUCUCUGGGUAUCAUGGCUGCCGGCAUGUACCUUGGCUAUUUUCUGUAUCCUGGCCUGACUGAAUUUGAUAUGGUACUUAAAGUUUACUGUUUCUUUCUCACUCCUCACUGAACUCCUCACUUUAUAACUUCUUCACAUCAAUGUGUAUUUGAUUGAAACAUAUUUUUCAAUCUUUUAAUUAAUUUAUUCUUCCAUGGAGAAUUUCCUCUUCACUUUGAUGUCACCAUGUAACUUCUUGUUGUGCUGCAUUUUCAGAUGAGGUUCAUUGUUGAGACUCAGGGUCCACCACCAGACAACCUGCUCAACGAGGGGCUCAAGACAUCCGACUUUUUCCAGAGCGUUAACCAGCCCGACUGUCAAUGGAAAAUCAAGGUACCAAACAUUAACUCUUACCCUACACUUUACCAGUAGCCAGUCACAUUUUUCUUAAAUAUGGGUGUUGAUUUGGAGGCAUUAUUGUGUCUCGUUGGCUAAGAAGGUUUCCCAGGUGUGUCAAAGUUAAACAUAGUCUUGUUUUUUACCAAGUAUUAGUUUUCUGGGAUAUAGCUCAGCUGAAGAAAGCAUAAACCGUUCAACUGAUUUAUGCAAGUUGCUAGAACAUGCUUCAGUCAUUUUUAGGUUUUCUUUAUGCAAUGUCACUGAAUGUAAACAAAUAUGAUAUACUGAGCAUUUUGAAACAGUCACCACCAGGGAAGCUGGAGUGUUGUGGGGCAGUUUUUGUAGCCUAGCCAGAGUAAACGCUGGUGAGAGGGGCCCUGAAAUUGAGAUUGAGGGCAGUUCCAGUAAAAAAAAAGGCCUUAGCAGACACAGCCCUGAAUAUCAGUGUAUUGUGACAGAUGUGCAUAAAUAAAGCUCUUUCUGUUCUUUUGCUAGUGACAGUCAUUAAAGGGCAGUAAUGCUUUGAUUUUAGAUAUGACCACAUUUGAAAUACCUCAGACACCUUGAUGGGAAUUGUCCCAUACAUGUCUUGUACAAAACUAACUAGCCCUGAAUGUAGCAGCUAACAAACUCACUUUUUUUUUAGAGCGAGGAGGCGUACUUUGAGGAGACAGGUGUCACGCCAACAGAGACUAGAAUGUUCUUCUUAAGGUCUCUGGAUGAACUUCUGAAUGUACGUACUUUUGUUUUUGUCAUUUAUUUUAAAAAAUCAAUGAAAAAACAUUUUGAGUUUUUGUCGGUUUUCUGGUGAUAGAAGUAACACCCCUGACUGUGAUUGUCUUUGUCCUCUCUACAGAUUCGAAGUUUAAAGUCGGACACUCCUGCAGAGAGAAUUCUGGAGACCAGGGACAGGCGGGCCUUUCUAGACCUGCUGAAGGGGAUGCUCCAGCUUGAUGCAGCCAACAGACUGACACCCCGUCAGGUGCUGGAGCAUCCCUUCAUCACCAUGAGCCACCUCACCAGAAGGUUUCCCUACUGGUCUUAGUAAGUGAAGACUAAAAUUCUUCAACAUUCAGAGUUUUUAGUACCUCUUGUGGUGAAUGUUUGCAGGAAAUACCUCACUUCUCCAGAACAUGUUUAUGUAAUAGAUGAUUUGUGUCUGUAUUACUUAUACUUUCUGUAAGUCACAUGACCAGUGAAUAAGUCUGAUUGAUUAUUUUUUUGUCUUGCAGUGUCUUUUCAUCUUUGGAGACCAUGGCCGCCUUUAGAAACAGCAAUCCAGGCUCCAACAGUGAGAAUGCUGGGGGGUCUUCACAGCCUUCCCCCCCUAGCAAACCUCAACCCUCCCAGCAGAGCCGUUCUGCUCCUCCUGCUUGUAGCAGCUGCAACCUAGACCCGUCACGGUCGCCCAUCAACCCUCAUCCUCACACUCCUUCCUCAUCAACAAGUGGAGGCCAGAAAGGGAGAAAAAGAAAGCUUGAUGAAGUUGAUGGAAGCACGGACGAGACCUGCAAGUCUCCAAAAAAAGUGAAGUCUGAGCACAGGUAGGAUAAUCUACAUCAGUCACAUUCUUAUCAACCAGUCUAAAAAACAAAUCUGAAGACUUUAGAGGUAGAUGGAAACUUUUCUGGUCUUUUUGCAUCAUAAUAAUUUAACCUUUUUGAUAAAGUUACAGUAAAACACCUGCCUGCCAGUCCACCCCCUGCAGCAGCCAGCAUGCCGCUGACAAGGCCCAGAUGAUCACUCCUAAGAGGGACCACCAUGUUCCCCCUACUCCAACUGACCUCAACACAACCCUUCAUUCGAGCUUGAGUCAGGCUAAAGUCCAGGACAGAUCAGGACUCAAAAGAAAGGCAGCUCCAGAUGAGGAUGAGGAAAUGUUAGGUCAGAGAUCAGCAAAAAGGAGAAUGAUUUUGUAGAUGGUUCAGGUGAGUCGACAUAAUCAACACACAAUAUGUAAUGCAUUUUCUAGUUUGAAACAAGAACAUACUGUCAACCACAACAACACAUGAGUUUGUUUAACAAGUCAUCGUUGACUUCCAGGUCCAGAAGAGCGGACCGAACCUGAGUAAUGACUGUGAAAGUCAUUACAGCUGGACAACAACCUCCAUCUGCUGUUUUUGUGAAGUUUUUUUUGUGAAGAUCUGAUGGCCUGACGACGUGGAUUUAAAAUAUGUUUUAAUUUUUGAUGUUCAAAGAAACCUGCUUUCAGCUGGACAGGAGUUGUGUCCAGCUGAGAAACAGUUUUCACUGUGAUCGAACUUUGGUAUGUUCUUGAACUCUCUGGAUGAACUUCUGAAUUUACGUACUUUUGUUUUUGUCAUUUAUUUUAAAUGUUUUCAAUUUUUGUUGGUUUUCUGGUGAUAAAAGUAACACCACUGACUGUGCUUGUCUUUGUCCUCUCUACAGAUUCAAAGUUUAAAGUCUGACACUCCUGCGGACAGAGUUUUGGAGAUCUGAGCCAAGCAGGGCUUUAAAGACACGCUGAAGUAAAUGCUCCAGCUUGAUGCAGCCUCACUGAUGAAGAUGAGCAGCAUCACUUCAUCAGCAUGAGCCACCUCACCGCAGGCUGCCCAACAUGUAUAAGUAAGUGAAGAUUAAAAGUCUUCAACAUUCAGUGUUAUUAGUACCUCAUCUGGAGACUGUUUGCAGGAAAUACCUCACUCCUCGACCAAAUGUUUCUACAAUAGAUGAUUUGUGUCUGUAUUACUUAUACUUUCUGUAAGUCACAUGACCAAUAAAGAAGCCUGAUUGAUUAUUUGUUGUCUUGCAGUGUCUUUUCAUCUUUGGAGACCAUGGCCGCCUUUAGAAACAGCAGUCCAGGCUCCAACAGUGAGAAUGCUGGGGGGUCUUCACAGCCUUCUCCCCCCAGCAAACCUCAACCCUCCCAGCAGAACCGUUCUGCUUCACCUGCUGGUAGCAGCUGCAACCUAGACCCGUCAUGGUCGCCCAUCAACCCUCAUCCUCACACAUCGUUCACCAUCAACAAGUGGAGGCAAGACAAGUAGAAGAAGAAAGCUUGAGGACGUCGAUGGAAGCACAGACGAGAGCUGCAAUUGUCCUAAAAAAGUGAAGUCUGGGCACAGGUAGGAUAAUCUACAUCAGUCACAUUCUUAUCAACCAGUUGACAAAACAAAUCUAAAGACUUUUUUUGUUUUUUUGGUCUUUCUGCUUCAUAAUGAUUCAACCUUUUUCUCUUUUUUUUAAAUCAAAUGACAGUGAAACACCUGCAUGCCUGUCAACCACCUGCAGCAGCCAGCAUGCAGCUGAUGAUGCCCAGACGAUCACUCCUGUGAGGGACCACCCUGUUUAUCCUCCCGGGCGGAUCACGGACACUCAAGAGAGGAAGAGGAAGAGAGCCGGAUAAGGAAUUGGCUGUCAACAAUCUGAUCCAGAAAGUCCUCAAACGGACCACAACACGACUCUUCAUCCAAGCUUGAGUCAAGCUGAAGACAAGGGCCAUUCAGGGCUUAAAAGAAAGGCAGCUUAAGAUGAAGAUGAGAAAAUGUUUCUGCUUCAAACUGAUUUAAUCUUUUUUUUUUUUUAUCAAAUUACAGUAAACCCCUGCAUGCCAGCCCACCUCCUGCAGCAGCCAGAGAGAAGCUGAUGACACCCAGACAAUCACUCCUUCGAGGGACCAACCUAUUCAUCCUCCUCAGCAGAACACUCAACUCAGCAGCUCGAGAUGAAGAACAGCAAAUGUUUGGUCGGGGAUCAGAAGAAAGGAGAAGUUUGUAGAUGGUUCAGGUGAGUCAAUAUUGUUAAAACACAAUAUGUAAUGCAUUUUCUAGUUUGAAACAAGAACAUGCUGUCAACCACAACAACACAUGAGUUUGUCUAACAAAUUAUUGUUGACUUCCAGGACCAGAAGAGCAGACUGAACCUGAACAGAACCACCACAGUGGAGUUUGUGACUGUUGAAAGUCAUUACAGCUGAACAACAACCUCCAUCUGCUGUUUUUGUGAAGAUCUGAUGGCCUGACGACGUGAAUUUAAAAUAUGUUUUAAUUUUUGAUGUUUAAAGAAACCUGUUGUGCCCAGCCUAGAAACUGUUUUCACUGUGAUCGAACAGCAACCGCCAUCUGAUGACCUGAUGCUAUGUGUUUAAAAUAUGUUUUGAUUUUAUGUGUUAAAGGAAAUGUGCUUUCAGCCGGACAGGAGUUGUGUCCAGCAGAGAAACUGUUUUUACUGUAAACAAAUAUUUAUAUGUGAUUCAAAUUCAUUGCAUUUGUAUUUAAUAAUUUUGUCAAAUAAAUGUUUCAAAAUUCAUAUUUUUGCCCAUA